CCAGACGUGUUUGCUUUGCACCCUGGGAUUGAUCGGUAUCUUCUCAAUCAUGGCGUCCCGUGUCCUAGCGCAGUGUGUCCGCCAGCUCGCCCGGCCUUCUGCGAGGCUCUCGUCGGGGAACGUUGCAGUGAGAGCCGCCGCCGCCCCGGUCCUGUCCAACCCCCGGUCAUUCUCCUCCAUUGGCAGCAGUCAGCGGACACGGUGGAUCGAACAAACCCGGAUCUCUAGCUCAGUGGGGUUGUUGUGCAGACAGUAUGGAGACCUGCCCCCCCUCACCAUUGAGACCAUUAAAGAGCGCGUCAUGUACGUCCUCAAGCUCUACGACAAGAUCAACCCAGAGAAGCUGGUGACGUCGUCCCACUUCCUGAAGGACCUGGGGUUAGACAGCUUGGACCAGGUGGAGAUCAUCAUGGCCAUGGAGGAUGAGUUUGGGUUUGAGAUCCCAGACGCGGAGGCAGAGAAGCUGAUGUCUCCUCAGGAUAUCGUCCAGUACAUCGCCGACAAGAAGGACGUGUAUGAAUAGAACCAAGCUAGGAUUACUAGCGCACUCAGAGAAGUCCUGAUGAUGCCGACUGGCUGGGCUGGGCUGGGCAGCGUCUUGCCCUCCAUCCAAUCACACUUCUCUUCCUCCUGUUCUCUCUGUGGCAUCAGAUGCCUUGUCUUGUGUGUUCCGCUGUAUUUAAUGAAAAUGUGUUUUCUCCGGAGCUUGGGGAGAUGGAAAAACAAUAAAGAUCACUUUGUGGUUGGA